CCGCGCGGCCUGGCCCCGCCCGGCCCGGAAGGAGCCGUCAGCAACGAGCGCGGGCGGGCGGUGCAGGAGCCGGCGGCGGCCAUGGCCGGGCAGAUGGCGGUGCUGGGUUCGGCCAUUCUGGCUCUCUUGUUAGCUGGCUAUCUGGCACAGCAAUAUUUACCGAUGCCUACGCCGAAAGUAAUUGGGAUUGACCUUGGCACUACUUACUGCUCUGUUGGUGUCUUUCUUCCUGGAACAGGGCAGGUAAAGGUUAUUGCAGAUGAAAAUGGGCACAACAGCAUACCAAGUAUAGUCUCUUUCACAGACAGAGAUGUGUAUGUAGGAUAUGAUGGCCUAGAACUGGCUGAUUCAAAUCCUCAGAACACCAUAUAUGAUGCAAAAAGAUUCAUUGGGAAAGUCUUCACUUCAGAAGAACUGAAAAAUGAAAGUAGCAGGUAUCCUUUUAAGAUUUUCAGCAACAAUGGAUCAGCUGAGUUUUCUGUGACAACUAAUGAAACUUUUCGCAUCACUCCAGAGCAUAUUGGCUCUCAGCUGCUACUGAAAUUGAAGAGAAUGGCAGAAGACUAUCUGGGCAUGCCCGUUUCAAAGGCGGUUAUCUCUGUGCCAGCAGAGUUUGAUGAAAGGCAACGGAAUUCUACCAUUAAGGCAGCUAACCUUGCAGGGCUUGAAAUUUUGCGAGUGAUCAAUGAACCCACGGCUGCUGCUAUGGCUUAUGGACUCCACAAAGCUGAUGUGUUUAAUGUUCUGGUGGUGGAUUUGGGUGGAGGAACUUUGGAUGUGUCUCUGUUGAACAAGCAGGGCGGGAUGUUCCUCACACGAGCCAUGGCAGGUAACAACAAGCUCGGAGGACAGGAUUUUAAUCAGAGGUUGAUGCUGUAUUUAUAUGAUCAGCUCCAUCAAAUGUAUGGUUCUUUGCCAACAAGAAAAGAAGAAAUACAUCGCCUCAGACAGGCUGUGGAAGCAGUUAAAUUAAACUUGACUCUUCACGAGGCAGCUACGCUAAGGGUGUCAUUGACUAUGCCAGAAAGGAAGCUUACAAAAGAACUUCCAGCAAGCGAAGUAAAAACAAACACUGUGCUAAAAGGCAAGCCUGCACAAAAAGCAAAAGAUGUGGGAGAUGUUGGAGACUCUUCAAAAGUAGAGAACAACUUUGUCAAAGUUGUGUUUGAAACAGAAAUCUCUAGGAAACUCUUUGAGAUGUUAAAUGAGGACCUUUUUGAGAAGGUUCUUGUGCCCAUUGAGCAGGUAUUGAAGGAAGGCCACCUACACAAAGCAGAAGUGGAUGAAAUUGUGUUAGUUGGAGGCUCCACCCGGAUUCCUCAAAUACGCAAAGUUAUUCAGGAUUUCUUUGGAAAGGAACCUAACACCUCUGUAGAUCCUGAUCUAGCGGUUGUAAUGGGAGUAGCUAUCCAAGCAGGAAUUGUUGGCGGGUCCUGGCCUCUCCAAGUUAGUGCUAUAGAAAUUCCUAAUAAGCAUUUACGGAAGACUAAUUUUAACUGAACAUAAACCCUUCCCCGUUGCAUUCCAUCUCUUCAAAAGUGUAUUCUGAUGGUGCAUACUCAUCUGACUGUCAGUGGAGCCUAAUCUUAGCCAUAUUAUAUUCAUUUUUUAUCUAUUGGAGUUAGGUGUUACUGGAUGCCUGUGUUAAAGCUACGUUACUUCAAAGGUACAAGUGGUUUUUGAAGUUCUGAAGCGUCCUGUAUUUGCUUGUAAAUUGGAAGUUGGAUGAAAAUGCUAGUGAUGACACACAUUUUUCUUGCUAAAUUUUAUUAGCAAAUCCUGAAGCGGAGUAUGUUUAAAAGUCAAAGGGAGCGUGACCAAAGGUUAGAGGUAAUGUGGUAGGGUACUGUAGGUAUUCCCAGGUCCAGUAUUCUCUACUUUGAAAGAAUGUGAAGCAGUGUUAGCGCACAUGGUACUAGCAGUGUUGAGCUUAAAUUUAUUUAUUAAAUUGAGUCAUUUGAGCAUUUAAGCACCUUUCUAAAAGGCACGUUGCAGCUUGAAUGAGACUUACGCAAUCACUUGAUUCUUCUGCUGUUCAUAACAGCAUAACGGUAUUACUGAGGCUGUAUGGCAAAUUGUCUCAUGUUUCAGCUGAGCUGUAUUAAGAAACCUUGCUCUUGCUAAUGUAGAGUGAGUUGGUGUGUCUCCAAGGGCUUACUUUUUGAUCUGGUUUGACAGUUAACAUACAGGUGCUGCUGUCAUACCACUGAUGUUCUCCACGGAGAACAAGGGCAUAUCGCCAACUAUUUAUACCUCUGCCCGCCUUAUUUGAAAACUGCAGUAAUUUUAUGUAUCUUAAGCCACACCUGUAUAUCUUUCCUUAAAUUUGAUGCACACAAAUUUUGGUGUUGCACAGCUACGAGUGUGUGAUGUCUUUCCCCUUGAGUACCCCAAGCUGUGCUGUUUUCAGGCAGAAACUGUUGGACAGAAGGGGCUGCCUGGUUGAAGUCUGAUUCCUGUAGUCCUAGUAAUGAAAAUUCAACCAACGACUUUGUACUUUUUAGCUCAUCUCUCUGGUUUGAGUUUCGUCAUGUCCGCACUCUAAACUGAACAUGGGCCAGAGAUUGUAGCUGGUUUUUGGGAAAGGAAGCCGUGUGUGUAACACAGGAUUGGAGCGAGCGCUUCUUAAGACGUUAUUUUAGGCAAAUAGUUAGCUAGGUAGCUAUCUAGUAAAUGCACAAGGAGAGAAGAAGAUUCAUGAUCUGAAAAAAAAAAAGCGGUGACAGUUCUGCUCUCUCUGGAGGGUUAAAUCUAUACUUAAAAGCCAGGUGAAUUCUUUUAUCUGUGUAGAACUUCCCACGAUGAAAACACUUGAUUGAGCUAAGACUGGCUUCAACACCUGUCAACCCAGUCGUAACAAGGUAAGCUGUAGUAACAGGUGGUUCUAAGUGUUUUCUUAUAUGCUCCAGAAUAAUUUUGUUUGUAUUAAGCUUGCCAAGAUAAAGUGUGGGGCUUAGAUUUAUUGUUUAACCUAUGACUAUAUUAAAGUAGGCUUAUUAUUCUCCUGGCAGUCGGCCUGAUUUAUGGCACUGCUACAGAUCAGUUGUGCUGAUUCAGCUGUGUGCGUAGCUAUUGUCUAAACAUAUCUUUGAAGUAAUCCAAUUUAAAUCCUCUUAAAUUGAAUCAUAGUUGCACACAGCCAUUCCAUCAGCAUUGUUUAACUUCAGAGAGGAUUCCCAAAAUGUUGCGAAUAUCUG